UCUAAAGUGAGUAACGCUAAAACAGAAGGAGGCUCGUUAGAUGCUCUACAAAUCUUUGGUUAUGGAGUACUUGUCUCAACCUGGUGCACUCAGUUUGGCAGCUGGAGUUGCUUGUGGCAUGUUCCUUGGCUGGGGCCUCCGUGUACGCUUUGGAACUGUCACGAAGAAUCCUGUGAGUGAGAUAGAGAGACAGCCUGGAACUGAAGCAAGUGUCUUAGGAGAGAGUGGGGAGUACAAAAUGAUUCUUGUGGUUCGAAAUGACCUAAAGAUGGGAAAAGGGAAAGUGGCUGCUCAGUGCUCUCAUGCUGCUGUUUCUGCCUACAAGCAAAUUCAAAGGAGAAACCCUGAAUUGCUUAAACAAUGGGAAUACUGUGGCCAACCCAAAAUUGUAGUCAAAGCCCCUGAUGAAGAAACGCUGGUCGAAUUGUUGACACAUGCAAAAGUUCUGGGACUGACUGUAAGUUUAAUUCAAGAUGCUGGACGUACUCAAAUUGCACCAGGUUCGCAAACUGUACUGGGAAUUGGCCCAGGACCUGCAGACCUAAUUGACAAAGUCACUGGUCACUUGAAACUUUACUAGAUGGAAUUUUAUAUGAAGAUGCUCCCAUCACUAAAUGUUUGUAGCUGUCAAUUAUAACAAUAAAAGUAAUACAGUUUCUUCCAA